AUGCGUCUCGCGCGCCUCGCCCGCGCGGCCCCUCUGCUCGUCCGCACGGCGGCGACGGCGGCCACCGCCGCCCCAGGGGCUGCGCUGAAGGCGGGCGACGCGCUGCGCUCGCGCCGGCGGCGGUUCACGGAGGACGACGUGGCGGCGUACGCGGGGGUGAGCGGCGACCGCAACCCCGUCCACCUGGACGACGCCUUCGCGCGCGGGACGGACGGGUUCCAGCGCGGCCGCGUGGUGCACGGCAUGCUCGUCGCCUCUCUCUUCCCCGCCCUCAUCGCCUCCCACUUCCCUGGGGCCGUGUACGCGAGCCAGUCGCUCAAGUUCGCGGCGCCCGUGUACGUCGGAGACGAGGUGGUCGCGCAGGUGCAGGCGCUCCACAUCAAGGCCGCCGGCGCAAGGCACAUCGUCAAGUUCGCCACCAAGUGCUUCACGGACGAUGAGGAGACUCUCGCCAUUGACGGCGAGGCCAUGGCUUUUCUGCCCACGCUGCAGCUCAGCACAGAGGGGAUGGAGUGA